GUUAUUUAUUUUCCUAUUUAACAUUUACUCAAUCGUGUAAAUUGCUUGUUAAAAUAUAGUCUUUAAUCUAUUGAGGUUGGAUUUAAGCUGUUUUUCAACCAUGGAAAAACAUUCCAAACGAGGUGACCUUUCUAAUCGUACUAGUCGUUCCGAUAACGAAGGGAAAUCUGCGUCAGGGCACGAGAGGGGCAAGAAAAGAAAAGGGUCCGACGUAUCCGCUGAAGUCCCGAAGAGAUCUCGGUCGGGUGCUCAGCCUGGUCCUUCUGCAAAGAACGGAAAUGAAAAGGCCACACGCAGUGCAGCAACCACUCGAGGCAUAAAUACUCCACGCAAAGCCCCAUUUACGUAUAAAGAUGAUACCAUUAAGGACGGGGGUGGUAGCACCAAGACAGAACACCACAGGGGGACCCACACAUCUGAUGCGCGUCCGGUUAAACCCAGGUCUGUUGUCGAUGAUGACAUACUGGUUGGGGAAGACCUUCCCGAACCAAAUUUACGCAGGGAUCGACACUAACUAUAUUUGCCUAAGAUCCUGACCGGACACCACUAGUUAAAAAGUUAAAAUCAAAAGACAAUUUGACUUUGUUUUCUUCUAAAUUAUAUGUGUAAGU